AGGAGGAGAAGCUGCAUAUAUGGAAGAAUAUGAAGAAAGUGGAUUGUUGAAAACAGAUGAGGCUACCCUAGACACAAGGAAAAUAGUAGAAGCUUGUAAAACUAAAACUGAUGCUGGAGGUGAAGAUGCUAUUUUGCAAACAAGAAAUUAUGACCUUUAUAUCACUGAUGAUAAAUAUUACCAGACACCACAAUUACGGUUGUUUGGCUAUGAUGAGCAAAGGCAGCCUUUAACAGUUGAACACAUGUAUGAAGACAUCAGUCAAGAUCAUGUGAAGAAAACAGUGACCAUUGAAAAUCACCCUCAUCUCUCACCAACUCCUAUGUGUUCAGUUCAUCCAUGCAGGCAUGCUGAGGUGAUGAAGAAAAUCAUUGAGACUGUUGCAGAAGGAGGAGGAGAACUUGGUGUUCAUAUGUAUCUUCUAAUUUUCUUGAAGUUUGUACAAGCUGUCAUUCCAACAAUAGAAUAUGACUACACAAGACACUUCAAAAUGUAACAGAGAGA